GAGCAUGCAAAGCUGUGGUUAGCGGCAUGUCGGAGUGUGGCGUGCAGCAAAAGGACACGACGUUCACAAAGAUAUUCGUGGGCGGACUGCCGUACCACACCACUGACAAGUCCCUGCGGCAGUUCUUCGAGUCCUUCGGCGACAUCGAGGAGGCUGUGGUCAUCACCGACCGGCAGACGGGCAAAAGCCGCGGCUAUGGUUUCGUGACGAUGGUUGACCGCGACGCGGCGGAACGCGCGGUCAAAGAAGCCAACCCGAUCAUCGACGGCCGUAAGGCCAACGUCAACCUCGCCUACCUCGGCGCCAAGCCCAGGGCGAACGCGAACAAUGGAUUCCCCUUAACUGUGAGGGGAGGAGGCUACCCGACCUUUCUCCCUAGUCAAUAUGCUGGGCUGCACCAGCCGUUUGUCUACCCGUCCGCCUACCUGCCCACACCGAGCCUGAUUCUACCGCCACACCCUCCACUGUCGCCCGCUGCGGCUGCCUUCUACGACUAUGGGCCACCAUUCGGACCCGGGGCCGCAGCUGCGGCCGCCUCUGUCAACCAGGCUGCGGCAGCAGCGGCUGCCGCUGCCGAGCUAGGUUAUCCAUUCUCGACGAGCCCAUCGACUGCUGCCCUGGCUGCAGCGGCCGCAGCCAGUUACCUGGCCCCGCAACCGCCUCCGCACACUACUGCUCACCACGCUGGGCCAGCUGCAGCGGCGGCUGCCGCUGCAUACUACACACUGCAGCAGCCCCUCGGGGCGAUGACCAGCGGCACGGCCGGGUCACUGAGCACCAUGCCGUAUGCCACCACGCAAGCUCAAGACGCCCGGCUACAGUGAUGCAGGUGGUGGGUCCUGUGCACCUCGUGCCACCCGCUGCCGCUACCGCUCACGAACACGACCGACACUUUCAAGUAGUCUAGAGCAAUACCAAAGCAGGGGUGGGCAGACUGGGAGAUAUAUAGAGCGCUUGUUGCUCUUCCACCCAGCCAGAACGCCCAGACGCUGCCAAGAUGAUUCCGCAAGAGGAGCACCGGGGAUGAAUUUGUGACUGGCCAUCUACUCGGGCCUGUAUUUUUUUUUUCAUCGUGAAAUCUUUUCCUUUUGCCAAUGUUAUCCAAGCUCUUGGGGCAAGCUCCUUGCAGUAGUGAUAGCUUAAUACUACACUGACCAGAAACCUUGUGGUUCACAUAUGCAUCUUAGGAAGGGACACUGCAGUAAAAAUUAAUGCAAGAUUAUUUCGCUAGCUCUUUUUUUUUCUAGUCUGAGGGGACUAUAUACCCCCAUAUUUGCUCAGGAAGUGCUACAAUUAGCCAUUUGCUUUGUUUUUGGGGGGGAUUGUCUCUGCGAAGGCACUAUAGUCAAGAGGUUUGCCGUUUCAUUGCCUUCAACGGACACGCAGUUGAAAUAACUGCCAUAGUCGGUAAUAACCCUCGUCUUUUUUUUUUCUUACUUUUCAAAGUGCACCAAGGGCCAAAUUUUUACGACUACUUGCUCAACUUUGCAGUGCCAGCAUUCCAUGUCUCGAUGUGCAAUGCUGCACACAUUGAAUUGUGAAGCGAUUGUGUUUCCGACCGUGAAAAACGCUUGAAAUAAUCGUAGUCUAACCUCAAAAGCUAGUCGUUACUGCUGUCACUGUGAAUCGGGAUCGAUAACAGACUGUUUGUUUGUGCACUGUGGCAAGUAGUUAGUGUUUGCAUAUGACCGUUAGGAAUGAAUCAGCAUUGCUUCCUCUUUAGUGAGAAUCAAUCAAUUCGUAAUUUGUUAAGACAGAUUAGGCAGAUUCACACCCAAAUUUUCGGUUACCAGCAUAAUUUUAAGACUUUGCAAGGAGCUUGCUUCAGGCAGACUAUGCAUAGACGGGGCAUUCCCCAGAAAUCGUAGUUAGCCGAGAACGCUUGCCAAUCUCUCUUGGGGCGCCAUUGGUGAAUUCCGAGCAUGCUGCCCCAUGCGCCCUUGGCUGAAUGUACGACCCCACCCUUCUGGAGGCGGGUCGCUCUAAUAGACAGGCUGUUGUUUUACUACGCUGCUAGCAUCGAUAACAGAAACUUGGCACACUCUGCGUAGUGGCCGGCUUUAAUGGUAAAGAGCAACCACUGUCCAGUGCUACUACAUGGCCCGUCGCAAUUGCCGUGUUUCUGUGGGCAGCCACCGCACAAGACAUGUUUACAUGCGCAAGACACAGACCACUUAAUUAACCACUCACUAAUGUGCAUGAUGACUGCCCUGCAUACCAAAAGGGCGCAUAAUAACUCUUCGCAUGAUCAUUGUUGCUACAAUAGUAUGCGCAAGCUCCGAAUGCCAGCAGUGCGCUCUUUGCCUGCGAUCACAAUUGCACGCCUUGCAUUUUUUUUUUUGGGGGGGGUCUUCGGCCUUUUUAUAGUGUAAUUAGCUGAAAGAUAAUUCGGAAACAAUCUGGCAUCCACUGGCACAUCUAGCUAUGGCAUUGCAUACGUGUAACACUUCGACUGUGCUGGUUUCAAACCUAAAUGAAGUUGUUAAAGACAGUGCCAGCAAGUUCGGGUCGCAUUGUCGAUUUUGUUGUUUUUUUUUUUCUCUCUUCUUAUUGGCCUUGAAUAUCGAUAUGCAAGAUGUUGGCAAAAAGUUUGUUACACAGCUCACGCAGGCUUUUUAUCAUCUUCAUCUUUUUGUAUUGUUCUCAAAAGAUGUUGCGGACUGCAGUGCAGAGAGCAGACUGGUGAGCAUCGACGGGGUCUUUAUAUCACUGUCACGCCACCAUCAAUUCACACACCUCAUUCAUUCUGCAUAUCAGUGCCUUGUCUGCUAGGGAAAAAGAAAAAGAAGAUUCUAAAGAAAAAAAGAAACUGCUCAUCGGCAAAUGAGCUUCACUGACAUCACUCGCUUGCGCUUACGUUAUUUCUCUUUGUAAAUCACCUUGCGAGUGGCCUUUUCCUUGGCUCAAUUGCCACUGCUAGCAUUGCUGCAUGCAGAAUGGUGCUGUCGGCCCUCCCCUAGGCGAGAUAAGAUCUGAUGGAGUCGUGGUAACUCCUGAAGGUAGUGUAACGUGCAGAUGACCUUACGAUGACAAUCUUCGGUGCUGCAUCGUGUUACAGUGAAUCAUGGCGGUUUUUUUAAACCCGAUGUCUAUUUUACGACUGGUGCUUUGAGCUGGCAAGCCGCGGCGAUAAACGUGCACUGCCAGCCAGCGUGAGAGUUGGUGGCCAAAGCGAAUGAGUGGUAGUCUGAAGUGCCGAUUUGUCUUCUUUUUUUUUUCCCUUCACUUGCUCACAGACAAGCUAUUUAAAUACUAUCUAGGUUCUGUUAAAUGCCACCUCAUUGUGAUAACCAAAUGCUCUUGCAUGUUGUUGCUUUUUUUUUAUGUACACAUAUUUCUCCCCCAUCUUUCACCAAUCAUCUAUGCAUCCUCUCCAAGCAACGCUCAUUCCGGACUUGCCAUUGAAAAAAAAAAUAAAAAUUUUUACGACCGUUUUAGGGAUAUGUGAAAGGCACUGAAAAUUGGUGAAUGUAAUUUUUUUAGAAGUAUUAGAGUAGAGUAACGAAGCAUUUGUGCUGCCAACCAACCUACAAGGUAAAGGUAUUCUGAAUCGGUACACGACUCUCUAUUUUUGCUGGAAAAAUAACAUUACUGCAUCAUUCGUGGGCUUUCGAAAGAAGAAACACAAGGGCUCGGAGAGCCUCUCGUUGGCAAAUGCGCAAGUCCCUUAGUUUCCGAUGGAAAAUUCCAAAGUGCGAGUGGUUAACUUCAGCUCGUCCGUCCUAGCACGCGCAUCAUUUCCUCCCACGUCAUCUCGUUCUCUGUAUCGAGAAGGCAGGUGAAGUUAGGUGACUAAGUGCUAACGGCUCCUUUCCUAUCUCUCUCUCUGUCUGUAAAAAAAGAAAGCUAGAUACCAAAGCGAAAUUUCUGUUUCUGCCGUGUUGCUGCGCGUUAUAUACAGAAUGUGUAAAAAAUGUAGCAAGGAUUAGCUAUAUUUUCCACUGAAUGUUCAGGAAGGAAAGAAAAAAAAAAGCUGCCUUUACAUUCAGCUUUGUGCUGCUGCAGCUUUCUUGCCACAUGUGAAAGUCUACAGGGUCUUUCUCAAAAUGCCUUACAGAAAAACACAAGCUGGAAAUUGUGGGCCUGGCAACUUGCUGGGUUUCUAACAAGCCGGCGCGUGAUAGGCACUUUAUCUCAUGAAUACUGGAUCUCACACCGUGCGUAUCUUUUUCCUCCCCCCCUUUUUUUUCUAAUGGAUAAAUGUUGUUGUUCGUCUACUAUUUAUCAAUUCCUGCCCUUUUUUAUUUAUGUAUUUAUUUUUACUUCCUUACCACGUACUCCCCUCUUAUGCCCCAAAACCUUCUUGUUCAGACGGGGACAUUGCAGCGAGACACCAUCACUAGCCCUAAGCUGCGGCAAACACGCGAUCUGAAAGAAGUUGGGCCCACUGCGUAUCAGUUGAGUGCAUCAGAAUCGUUGCACACAUAGGGGGUCUGGCACCUGUGCCACAAGCGCUGUGUCAUGCGAUCCCAGGUACACGUCCGCAGGCUACAUCUGAAACUACGUUGAAGCCAUGAUGGAUGUGCCUGUGUUUAUUGAGCACCCGUAAUUAUUGGCGGUACCGCUGCGUGAUCUGUGGUCCAGAUCAUCGAAAGCUCGGCUGCCUGUGUUUUCCAUCCGUCAAGGUACAACACUACCGCGAUUGCAUGCAGUACACAGGCUUUUUCUCAGUACUACACAGCAGGUAUAUUCCAAGAUCUAGGGAGCAAAGAUUUUCGAAUUCGCGUGCUUUCUUUAUCGCAUUCAAAGCAUAUGCAUAAAAUAGAUGGAGUGGUACAGAACUUUGGCCGAGCCAGAACUACAAUAGAUAUGUUAGAGUUGCGGCAUGUUGAGUUAAGGCACGUCGGAUCUUUGAAACAUCACCUGUCUUGAAAAGUGAACACAGGCCGCUCUCCCGAUAGGUUUCCUUACAUUUGUGCAUUCCCAAUCUCUGCAGUGGAGCGACCGUACAUUUGCCGCAGCUUUGGCCAAAAGUGAGAGCCGCUUUCUUCAGGGACGUGCGGCCGUUUUUCCGUACUCCCCCGUCCAAGUCUAAUCUAGCACCGCUGUCACAUGUAGCCGUGUAAAUGUCAUUUUGCUCAAGUGAGUUCUUUCAGAAAAGGUGCAGUUAAAAAGAAAAACAAAACUUUUUUUUUGCUGCAAUGCAGCAAUGUUGCGUGGCAACGGCUCGUUUGCCGGUUUGCUCGAAGGCUGUCCACCCGUCCUUUCUUUUCUUCAUUAGUGGGCACUCGUUCGUGUGAACUCAUUUACAUAAAAUGGCCUUUACCCGUGCUAGCGUGACAAGGACACGGUGAUGGUCUAAGAGAUGUAUAUUUUACAUAAGGAGUGAGCUAGAGGAGGAGGAACACUCAUUGUUAGAAUCUUGUAACCAGUCAGAUUUUGUAUUAUGAAACCUCAUGCACAUCACUCGCACAUUGUCACACAACAAUCAGGUCAGAGAAAUUCCAUCAGUUUGUUUGUUUUCUUUUUUUAAAUCUUCCAUCUAGAUUCCGUUUACUUAUUUUAUCUCAAACAAGUUUUUUUUUUUUUCUUUACGAGCAGUUCACUGCGCUGCUUUUAACUCUCACAUUGCCUUAAUAUGUUUCCAAAUUUUAGAUUGAAUUAGUUUUCCAGUGAAGUGCGUGCCUUCAAGAUUCCAGGUGACAAUCAAACGAUGACUAUUGUCGUUUUAUAAGCUGACAAUCGUGUAAUCUUUAGAAAUUUUAAUGAUUGGUAGCCCCUAGAAGGUGUGAAGUAACUUUUUUUGGUUGUAUACCAAACUUUUUUGGUUGUAAUGGUUAAAAACCAAAUCUGCCUUUAUUGUAGCCUUAAAGGCGAGAGUUUAAAAAUUGUUUCUUCUGUGCCUUUUUUUCUCGUUCUGCACAAAAACUGUUUUUUUGUUCUAGUCAGUGUGCUAUAGUGUAACAGACCUUUGGAACUGUGCCAUUUUAAAUGCCAAUUUUUGUUCUCCUGACUGAACAAGGCCUUCAUUGGACAAACGUGUGGUGCAGAACUGUUUCACCGGAAUGACAGGACAUGCCUUUGGCGGGCAUUUGGAAGGAGUGUAUAGAUCUGGAUCGAUCAGUCUUUUUUUUUUCUUAUUGAGGACAUUGUAUCAGUUUCAUUCAUGUGGAUCAAAGACUGUGCAAAUCUUAGAAACACUACAUGCUCCCAAUGUACGCACAUAUACUUAGCGAUUCCUGUUAAAUACACCCAACGCUAGUGAAACAAAAAUAACAAAAGAUUCUGCUGUCCAGUGAUGGUGUAUGGUUAUAUGCUGUUAUUUUUGUGUAAAGGGCUCAUAAAAGGACAAAGAUAUAUGUAAGGAUCACUUUGUUUCGCUCUGAUGUUCUCAAUCGACCUGAUUGUGAUACUAUGUAUCCUUAAAAAGUUUCAUAAUAAAGUCCGUACACUUGGUUA